UUUAAUCACACCGAGAUUAAAGAUGCUGAGGAUUUUUCAACUAUUCGUGAUUACCUCCCUUCUUUACGGGGCUUCUAUUGGUCACCCUGUGGAAACGCCGACAUCCAGGGUGAUGACAUGGAUACGAAAGUUCGGCAACACAAGCAUCCAUGAGUCCGUGGUUGUCGACGACAAAGAACAGACUGUGCUGAUGAUAUCCCCUGAGGCUUAUAAGAAUGACAAAGAUAACUCACUGGCGCUUCACGAUUUCCAAACUGGCCAAGUGGCCUUUCUAAACUUCAAGACCGACACAUGCUUUGUGGGUGAAAUGCCGAAGACAGAUUUCCAGUCUAUGAAGACAAUUCUAGAAAACAUGGAGAAAGUUUUGACAGCCAAGAAGAUAAAGUUCGGCAUCGAAAACAUCACACUGACGGAAAAUUCUCUCUUAGUAGCCACGUUGUAG